GCGGGCGCACAUGGCCAGGAUCGGCGUUUCCUGCCCGUCGUGGCGUUCGGCGGGACCCUGCCCGUGCCCGGGGCCGCGGCAGCGCCCGGCGGCGCUGGGGCUGGCCCUCGCCGUGGGGCUGCUGCUGCUGCUGGCGGCCGCCGCCCCCCGCCGCUGGGCCGCGCCGCGCACCGCCCGGCGCGACGAAAGGUACCUGGCGCGGGUGGAGGAGCUGACGGCCACCGACACCGAGGACUCGGCCCUUAAUUACGGGGUGGUCGUCGACUGCGGGAGCAGCGGGUCCCGGGUCUUCGUCUACUUCUGGCCCCCGCACAACGGGAACCCCCACGACCUGCUGGACAUCAAGCAGAUGAGGGACCGGAGCAGCCGCCCCGUCGUCAAGAAAAUUAAACCAGGCAUCUCCGUGGCGGCGGCAGCCCCGGAGCAAGCUACGCCCUACCUGCGCCCUCUGCUUCAGUUCGCGGCAGCCCACGUCCCACCUCAGAAGCACAAGGAAACUCCGCUUUACAUCCUGUGUACGGCAGGCAUGCGGCUGCUGCCCGAGCGGCAGCAAGCUGCAAUCCUGGAGGACUUGGUGAGACAUGUGCCCCUGGAGUUUGAUUUCCUCUUCUCCAAAUCACAUGCAGAAGUGAUCUCAGGGAAACAGGAAGGUGUCUAUGCUUGGAUCGGCAUCAACUUUGUCCUGGGCCGGUUUGAUCACGAGGACGAGGAGGAUGCAGUGGUCACCGUAGCACUGGGGGACCAGGGAGAGUCCCUGAUUCGGAAACGAACGGUUGGGAUCCUAGACAUGGGGGGCGCCUCCCUGCAGAUCGCCUACGAAGUGCCCGACUCUGGAGCUUUCUCCUCCCCGCAGCAGGAGGAGGCUGCUAAGAGCUUGCUGGCAGAAUUCAACCUGGGCUGUGACGUGCAGCACACUGGCCACCUGUACCGUGUCUACGUCAACACCUUCCUGGGCUUCGGGGGCAAUUUUGCCCGGCAGCGCUACGAGGAGCUUGUGCUGAACCAGACCUAUGUGCACAACCGCCUGCACAGCCAGCAGACAGGGCUGAGCCCCGAGACGCCCUUCCUGGACCCCUGCCUGCCCGUGGGGCUGGAGGACAUGGUGGCGAGGGGCAGCCAAACCCUGUACGUGCGGGGGCGAGGGGACUGGCCGGCCUGUGCGGAGCUGCUGCAGCCUCUCCUGGCCGGGCCCAACAGCAGCCAGGCCUCCCUGGUGGGGGCCUACAAAGCACCCAUCGACUUCGGCAACAGCGAGUUUUAUGGCUUCUCUGAGUUUUUCUACUGCACUGAGGAUGUGCUGCGCCUGGGGGGCCGCUACAGUGCCCCCACCUUCACCUCCGCCGCCCAGGAGUACUGCAGCCAGCGAUGGGAGGUGCUGACCCAGCGCUUCCGUGGCGGCCUCUACUCGGCACACGCUGACCAGCACCGGCUGAAGUAUCAGUGCUUCAAAUCAGCCUGGAUGUACGAAGUCCUACAUGAGGGGUUCCGCUUCCCCCUGGACUACCCCAGCCUGCGCACGGCCCAGCUGGUGUACGACCGGGAGGUGCAGUGGACGCUGGGAGCCAUCCUCUACAAGACACGGUUUCUGCCACUCAGGGAUCUCCGGCAGGAGAGCAUCCGGCAAGCACACGCCUCCUGGCUGCGCCUCUCUUUUGUCUACAACCACUAUCUCUUCUUCGCCUGCAUCCUGGUCGUAGCGCUAGCCAUAGUCCUCUACCUCCUGCGGCUGCGCCGCAUCCACCGCCGGCAGCUCCGCUCGGCCCAGCUCACCCUGCUCUGGCUGGACAAGGUGGUGGUGCCGCCGGGCCAGGGAAAUGGGCCAUGACACUGGUGGUACCCACCGUCCAGUUGCACCAGCAGAACCAGGACUGGCUGACAGCCUGGGCUCCGAGGGCUUAGACUCUUUCUUAAAGACCGUCUCAACUCUGCACUCCAUCUCCACAUCAGAACCAGAGCCUGCAGGCUGAGGCAGCUACGGACACGGGAGCUUUCCUCUCCGCCUCGCCCCAGUCCUAAUCUUUGUAUUCCUUGGCCUCCGGCCUUUGCCUCGCUACGCGGUGUAGAGCAAAGUCCUCUGCUGCCAGCAGGCUCAAGGCUGCAGCCCUGGCAGGUCUCUCAGAUAAGCAGGACACUAUCACCGAGGCAGCUAACCCAGGGCUGUGGCCUGAAGUACUGGGCCAUGACUCAGCCACUGGUUUGCAGAGCAGGCUGGUGAGGUGCUGUAGCUCAUCACCCUGGGUGGCCUUUCUGCAGUCCCUUACUGGCCUACAGGCUAGAGAACAACAGUCACCAGUGCAGUUACUGCAGGAACCAGGUGAGCCAUGAGUUCCACCGAGCUGCUCUGCCCAGCCUGGUCCCUCUCGGAGCGUUCCUCAAAGAGGUGUCCUGCUCUUUGCCAAGUCUUCCCCUCCCAGGACAGUCCUUCCGUGGUCCUAGCCAAUGUCCCAGGCUCAGGGAUUGCUUCCUAAGGCACCACCAAAGUGGGCUGCCUUUCCUUUCAUACAUUCCCUCCUGGGGACAUCUGCCCCAUGGUGUCCCACAGGUUAAUCAGGCACUAGUGCCAGGACCCAUGGUUCUCUACCCUGUGAGCGCAGGCUGGGCCUGCCCAUGGGGGAACCACCUCACUCCAGCCCAGCUCACUGCCCUAGGGCAGGUCUGGGCUGCAGCUGUGCACACAGGCACAAGCCGCCUUCCCCUGGGGCUGGAGCCCCCAAUGACCAAAUGAAGUUAAUCACUUUUUACUUGAACUCAGUUGUUCCCAUUCCUGUAGCAAUAAACUCCUUGAG